AUGGCCUUGCCCAACGGCCUCCUGGGAGCUGCAACCUAUGACCUCUACCGUGCUCUGGCCAUGCUUUACAGAGCGGUGGAGGAUGUCGACGGAAGCAACACCCUCGCUCUGAGCACUUUCCCAGAGGCACACUCGACUGCUCACGAAGAUUUGUUGACCAUACGAACACUCAUGAGUGGGCUCGACCACCGUGCAAUGCGUACUCGGAGACGAUCGCGUUCUGUUACCCAUGCUAGGAACUUACACCUUGAAGACUUCUCGAAAUAUUGCAGUCGCACAGAACACAAUCGUGUGCACAUUCGAGUCCGUCGACGAUGGGAUGAACGCGGUCAACUGUGCAGACGGCCCGUUGAGUUCAAGGCAAGCAUUACAUGCAUACCAGUGAAGGGACCUCGCGCCCAAGCUGUUACGGCUGAGAUUGGCGAGGUUGAGACAGCGGCCGGCUUCCUGUCUUUGACACCAUGUCUCUCACUUCGCAACGUGAUGUCAACAGAUGCUCAGAUUUUUCGCCUGAUCGAUCGAGACGACGUUGUUGGCGUGCAACAACUCCUACGCAGUGGCAAGGCGUCAGUCCGCGACUGCGACAUGUACGGCUGGGACGUUCUGCAUCGAGCCACUUGGGAGUGUAGCGCGGAGCUCUUCUCCACGCUUUUAUCGGAAGGUGCGGAUCCCAACAGCAUUACCGGCUUGUCGUCCUCCUGCAUGCUGCUCUGUGGCGGGAACGACUACCACCAGAAGAUCAGACUAGCACUAGAGGCCGGUGCAGAUCCAACAGUCCUGCCAGACGGGCAAUUUUCGCUCGCUCAUAUGACGGGCAAGGUGCUGGCCAGCGUGCUACGCAUUUCCUCCGCAUAUCUCGACCUCUCCCUCCGUGACCCGUGCGGCAAGACGCUACUGAUUGCUGCAGCUGCAGUGACACACAAUGUCGAUCAAGCGCAGGUCCUUCGCUUGCUCCUGCGUGCUGGCUCUGAUCCGCAUGCGUACGACUUCGACGGCAACACAGCGCUCCAUCUUAUCAUUGGGGCUAUGCAGCCGGGGCAGCACCACUGUCUGGCCGCCAUAGUCGAGCUGCUCAAUGCAGGUAUCAAUCUUUGCUGGUACAAUGAUAAAGGCCAGAGUGCGUUAGACCUUGCCUGCAACGACUUGGCCGAGCAUGGUAGCUUUCGUCGUGACAGUCUACAUCGCGCGCUCUUAAGAAGCGGUCGAAUUGUCAAUGAUGAACGAUUGCUCGCACAGCCCGUAUUUACUAGUACCUACAGAGGCAUAGAGGGAGAACUUGACUUGGAAGGCGACAGUCAGCACCAUCUGCCCAGCUUGCGAGCCGGGGUUCUGGAGAGGCUGAUUGGCCUGGUGGACUGCGGCGGCGCCUUUGCCCAGUAUUGUCUCCACGAAGCUGCGGUUGAUAGGACGCUAGCCGCCCUUGCUGGACGAACGGAGUCUAAUGUAGACGAAUUGCUUGACAAUGCGUUGCAAUACUUGCGGCGCAUGCUUGCUGGCAAAAGGCACAUCGUCUUGGCAACAAAGCACCAGCUGAGAUACCAGACAUGGCUCCCGUACUGCCGCUAUUUGAACAGCCUUAAGCUGUCAGAGGAAUCGGAAGUGGCGGCUUUGCUGGAGUACGACUGGUCACGGCCCGUCGAUUUCGGCGACGUGAUGUCAAGCUUCGCGGACAAUCUCAUUGUCCGCUUGGAGCAGAUGGAGGCGAAGGGCGUCCGACGUGACAAGAUCAAUGAAAUCACAAUCAAAAUCGAGAGCACUCUGCUCAACACGCCGCAACCUACAGAGCUAUAUGUGGCCUCUGGAGUGGAAGGGGAGCAUUUCGCUGGACUAACGAACGUACUUGAGAGACGUUAUACGGACGCACAACAUACCAGACGCGACAGCAUGAGCCCAGAAGAACGGCCAAAGCACCUGUCCGUUCUGGAGACACCGGCUUGCUUCUACGCGCCUUACGCAGUCUUGCCUUCACCCACUCUCGCUCAUAUCGAAGCUGCGGAAGCAGCUGAUUUGUGCGUUGCUGCAGGAAACAUGGCGCGAGAAGGACGCAGGCAUAAGGUUCGAAUGUCAGAUUGCUCUGUAGAUGAGGGUACCGAGGCAUUUGAUUGA